CUCCCACAGCAGAAUCCCCAACCUCAAACAUUUUGAAUUUCCCGGAAAAAAAAAUAGAAAGAAAUCGCCAUUCUCUUUUGCUCCCAUUGUUAUUAGGGUUUCGGCCACUCUGUGAUCAACGGAAACGCCAAUGGGAGUUGGAGGAAACUUCUGGGAUUUGCUAAAACCCUACGCACGAUCCGAAGGGUUCGACUUCUUGAGGGAGAAACGGGUCGCUGUGGAUCUCUCGUAUUGGAUUGUCCAAAAUGAGACCGCCAUUAAAGGCCAGGCUCUGAAUCCCCACAUUAGACUCAUCUUUUUCCGUACUAUUAACCUCUUCUCUAAGUUUGGGGCGUAUCCUGUAUUUGUGGUGGAUGGAACUCCUUCACAUUUGAAGUCUCAAGCAAGAAUAAAACGAUAUUUUCGAGCCUCUGGUGUUGACAUGUCGAGUUUGCCUGUGCCUAAAGAUGGCAUUUCAGUUGAAAGGAACAAGGCAUUCCAGAAGAGCGUCAAAGAAUGUAUUGAAUUUCUUCAACUUCUUGGCAUGCCUGUCCUCAGAGCAGAAGGCGAGGCUGAAGCCUUAUGUGCCCAAUUAAAUAGAGAGGGGCAUGUUGAUGCUUGUAUUACUGCUGACAGUGAUGCAUUUCUUUUUGGGGCCAAGUGUGUCAUCAAACAUAUUCGGCCUAAUUCCAAAGAUCCACUUGAAUGCUACCUAAUGUCUGACAUUGAGGCAGGUCUUGGACUUAAGAGAAAACAUUUAAUUGCCAUUUCACUUCUGGUUGGAAGUGAUCACGAUUUAAAUGGGAUACAAGGAAUUGGUGUUGAUAAAGCCAUUCGUUUCCUCAAACCUUUCAGUGAAGAGGAGGUUUUGAAUAGGUUGCUUCAAGUAGGUCGAGGAGAGAAUAUCCUUCUCUCUGGGGAUAUCAACUCAAACAGUGACUUUGUAACCAAUGUAGAGAGCCCCAAGUCAAAAUUGCCACAUUGUUCGCUCUGUGGUCACCCAGGAAGCAAAAAAGCUCAUUUCCAGACUUCUUGUGAGAUCUGUGUAUCUGUUACCGGUGAAGGUUGUACGCAAAAACCUCCAGGCUUCAAAUGCAACUGCGCCAGAUGCAGUUUGGAGCAGGAAGCCAAAGAGAAGCGAAAGAGAGAAAUUUGGCAACUGAAGAUCUGUGAAAAGAUUGCUUUGGAGCCUAAUUUUCCAAAUUCAGAUAUCAUAGAUAUGUACUUAAGGGAUAACAAUGGAACAGAUGAUGUUUGUGAUAUAUCUUGGAAAAAUCCUGAUACAGAAAUGCUGAUUGACUAUUUAGCUUAUUCUCAGCGUUGGGAGCCAUCUUAUAUACGAAAGAUGAUGCUUCCGUUUAUGUCUACACUGUAUUUGAGAGAUGUGGCAUCUAAUCGAAGUGAUAUUUUGUUAUGCGGGCAAUAUGAGUUCCAUUCCAUUCAGCGCAUCAAAAAGAGGCUUGGACAUCAACUUUAUGCAGUUAAAUGGAAGAGAAAUGCAAAUGCAGUGGCUGGCGUUGGGCUAACUACCCCUCUAGAGCCCGAUUUGCAUCAUGAGCUGGGGGAAGCUGAUGAAUCUGCUGAUUUACUAGAAGAACCAGAUGUACCUCAGGUGUACAUUGAAGAUGGAUGCUGGUUCUUGUUGACUGAUGAAGAAUUGAAACUUGUUCAAAAUGCUUAUCCUGAAAAGGUGAAUGUAUUUCUUAAGGAAAAGGAGUUGAAAGAAAAGAAGUCAAAAGGAAAGAAAACAAACUUGGAAUCACCACGAGGCGUGCAGCUCAGCAUCACGGAGUUUUACCGUUCAUCUAAGGCUGUUGGUGCUGCAAAGCCCCCGAGUGAAGUUGAAGCAGUUGAAAGUUCGAAGAAUAAUUAUGGUUCUCCUGGAAUCAAAAGGAAGGAGAAGAGUUCUAUUUCCAAGUCAGUUAGACGACGUCUCUUGUUUGCAUAGCCACAACAUCGGUACGUUUUCAGUAGAGUAGCAAACCGUUAGUUGAUAUGUAAAUUAAAUAGGCCUGAUAGCCCUGUUUGUUUGUGCAAGCCAUUUUGUUCUAGUUGUAAAUUAACUAGAGUCUUCCUCUAGUUAAACAGACUAAUUAGUGAUAAAUGCCCAAGCUCGAAAGUAUUUCAGUAGUUAGGUUUUCCUUUGUAGGUGAAUCUGGGAACUGGGAAGUAUUGCAAGAACCAGUUCUUGUUUGGGUUUGCUUGGCAAGAAUAAAGCUAGCUGUACAUAUGUAUCCAGUUAUGUACUAUGCGAACUCCAUUCAAAAAGCUUUUGGUAAUGUAUUCUGUAUAGCAAUUGGGUUGCCUUUCGGAAAAGUUAAAAAAGUAAAAUGCUGUGACGC